CAAUACGAUUGUAACGAAUGACAAGAAUAUUGUGUUUCGCAAGUGAUUCACGGAUUCAGUCAUUGAAUGCAUUGUUUUCAUUGCAAUUACUUUGCAUUCAUUUCACAACAAAUUACUCGCAAUUAGUGUUUAUCUCAUAAUUUGGUGCCAUUUGUGACCAAAUUGUUCACCAUUUGAGCAAUUUGUGUGCUGCAGAGGAAGACGUGGUGAAGACAUCUUAGGAUGAGUGACAAGAAUCAGACGGUAAGUCAGCCGCCGAUCAAAAUCGGGCACUACUUGUUGGCCGAGACGUUAGGCAUCGGAUCCUUCGGCAAAGUUAAGACGGCGAGACAUCAGUUGACGGGCCAUAAGGUUGCCGUCAAAAUACUCAACCGACAGAAGAUCAAGAACUUGGAUGUCGUCGGAAAGAUCCGCAGAGAGAUCCAGAACCUCAAGCUCUUCAGACACCCGCAU